GAAAAGUUUGACCUCCUCAGCUUGCUGCUCGGAUGGGGUAACUAACAGAUCAAAAGAUCCAGGCACCAUGAGCAGUUCGUGUCAUUGGUGAAUCACCUGCCAGGAGCCUUCACUGCGAGGACACCACAGCAGCAUUGCGAUGAUCACAGGGAUUACUCUGGAUCUGUGGUGGGAGCGCUGAAGAUAAGAAGCUGCGAAGGAUCGGACCCGCGGACACAGGUUACAUAUGCUGCCAGGUGUGUGUGUGGAAUGUGGGCAGAAUGAGCAGCACAUUUGUCACAUUAGCUGAAGUCUUGGAGGCUCGAGGGGGACCUCUUCUGGAGGAGGAGAUCUGGUCCCUGCUGCUGGGCACCGCAGAGUGUUUAAUGGAUGUCUCUUAUAAGGGUCACAACACUAUGUGCAACAUCAUAAGCCCCACCUCCUUGCUGCUGUCAGCCACUGGUACCUUAGCGUUUAAGAACUGCGGCCUAUCAGAUGAGGUGUCUGCCUAUGCUGCUCCAGAGAUGCUGCAGGACCGUGGCGGCUCAACCAAACCUGCCACAGAUAGGAUGCUGGUGUAUUCUCUGGGAAUGACUCUCUACUGGUCAGUUGAUUUUCAUCUACCUCCGAAUCAGCCAGUCCAGUUGAGUGACCAUCUCAACAGCCUUCUCCUCAGCAUGUGUGAGGACCUGGCCCACCGCAGGCUAAAUCUCACCUCCAUCCUGGAAGCCUGCGAGUCUCAGCACAAAACCUCCAACCUGUUGGCCCCCACCAAAGUCAUUAAACAGCUUGUGGAGGAGGUUUUCCAUGAAUCAAUGGACCACGGUUCUCUGCCUGACAGGAACAUCCCUUUGAGUGGCAGGAGCCAGAUGGUCAGGGAGAGACUUCACAGAAAGAGAGGGCCACUUUCAGACUUCAGUGAAGGAAGUGCUGAGGGGAGAAGGUACUCAACGGACUCUGAUUCAAAGUCAGGUAGUUUACCUCAGAGACCUUGGAGACAAAGACCACGAAGUUCUCCCAUACUCUUGUACCAGUCCUCUUUAGACAGAUCUCCUCGAAGAGCGCCUCGCAGGGACAGCAACUGCAGCUGGCUCGGCAGGAGCCCUCACCAUGAUUAUUCCCCCAAGACUUCGGGCAGAUCUCACAGUUCUUCCAUCACGUUUAGUGAGUCCUCGCUCAGCCUGAGCCAAAGAAAGGCAAAGGCUUUAGGUCCUGAGUUCAUAAGAAUGCCAGAUGAGCAGCAAAUUCUACUUGAGCUUCCAGGAUCCAUCGUGUCCAAAAAGGGUAACUCGAGUUCAUCCCAAAGAGAAGUGACCGUGGUGAUGUCUAAUGGGCAGUACGUGGUCGUUCGCUGCAACAUUAAAUCCAGAGCAAGAGACGUGUUUGACAUGGUGGUGGCUCACGCAAACCUAGUGGAGCACUUUUACUUCGGUCUUUCCUUCCUGGACGAUGACGAGUAUUUCUUUUUGGACCAUGAAACAAAAAUCUCCAAAGUUGCUCCAGACAGUUGGAAAAAAGGGCAGAUGUCCUCCUUUUUGGUGUUUCUUCGUGUCAAAUUUUUUGUUGAUGACAUCACCUUUGUUCUACAUAGACUGACCCGUCACCAGUAUUACUUACAGCUGCGUAAGGAUAUUAUAGAAGACAGGCUUUACUGUAACGAGGAGACAGGCUUGUUUCUGGCUGCUCUGGCUCUGCAGGCGGAGUUUGGUGAUUAUAUGCCAGAGUUGUAUGGUAAAGAUUAUUACCAGCCAGAGCAUUAUGUGUCCAAGAGGAUGUUGGAGAGGCUCGCCCUUCCAAGUAUCAGGGAAGAGUUGCCAAGACUACAUGCAAGUCAUGCACAUUUGUUGCCAGAAGAAGCAGAAACUGAAUUCCUAAAGAUUGUCCAGCAGUUACCGGAGUAUGGGGUUAUGUUCCACCGAGUGGGAAGAGAGAAAAGACCUUUGAUUGGAGAGCUGGUGUUGGGAGUCUGUGCCAAAGGAAUCAUCGUGUAUGAGACGAAGAACCACCAGAGAACCGUCACCAGACGCUUCCUGUGGAGGGAAACAGACUCCAUAUCCACUGGGCGACGUAAACUGAUCAUAGAGUGCGGUGGCCCCAGUGGGAAAAAGCACAGCUUUGUGACGGAAACCUCCAAAAUCGCCCAGUACCUCCUGAACCUCUGCUCGGCCCAGCACAAGUUUCACAGCGAGAUGACAUCACGACAGCUUAACCACACCAUGAUACCUGAUGAAAACAUCUCUGCCUAUCGAGCUCGUAGCAUGAGCCUGAAGAGGAUUUCCUGCUCGGAGGGCAUGUUGAACCAUGUUGGUCUGACUCCCGGACACCCGGACUCCCUCUCCAAGUCUUGCGAGGACCUCACUGCCAAGCUGGAGGCUCGCCUCCGCCAGCAGAGAGAGAUGAGGCGGGAGAUGAGCAGAGAACUGAACAAGGAGCUGUCUGAAGCAGGAGACCUCAGGGACGUGAAAGAGCGGCCGUGCUGGAGCACUCCAGGGACUUUUCCCAGAAGGACGUCCAGCGUCUCCCUGCAGAAGCAGGACUCUGACGCGUCGUCGUCUCUAAGAGUUGGCACUCCAACAAGAACCCCUCCAGAGAGAGAAAUUGUCUGUGUGACUCUGAAGAAAGAUCCCAAACUGGGUUUCGGGUUUGUGAUCGUGGGGGAGGACAAUACAGGAAAACUUGACCUUGGGAUCUUUAUUGCUUCCGUUGUGCCUGAUGGACCUGCAGAUAAAGAUGGAAGAAUAAAACCUGGUGGACGUCUCAUCUCGCUAAACAAAACCAGUUUGGAAGGAGUGACAUUCAACGAUGCCGCUGCUAUCUUACAGAACAGCCCCGACGAGGUGGAGCUCAUCGUGUCCCAGCCUAAACAGUCAUUGAAGGACAGACAAGGUUCCUUAAGUCAAAGUACCCUUGGUUUGGAGAGGAGCUUUGGGUCACAGACCACCCUGAGUGGAACUGAGUUUCGUCCCCCCAUGGAUGAGCUGGAGGAGGCUAUUACUCUGUCCAGCAUGGCAACCCCAAAGCACAACAGGAAGCUUCACAUCCCUGUCGUGCGAAUACAUGAUGCUCAGGAUGUGUGUCCACGGUCUCCUUCCAUUUUAUGCCUUAAAACAAGAGAGCAUUUUAACGUGGAGGUGAAGAAAAGCCGUGGCAGCCUCGGAAUGAGUGUUGCUGGUGGAAUAAACACUAAUGUCCAUAAUGGAGGCAUUUACAUCAAGACUCUAGUGCCUGGAGGAGCUGCAGAGCAAGACGGACGCAUUCAUAUCGGUGAUAGACUGCUGGAGGUCGACGGGUCCAACCUGAGGGGAGUGACUCACCAGCAGGCUGUCGAGUGCCUGAAGAGGACAGGGGAUGUGGUGAACCUGCUGCUGGAGAGGGAGCCCACGAUAGUCCUGGAAUCCAGACCUGACUCACCCGGCCCCCCCUUGAUCCACAGUUCGUCAUACACUCAGCCCCCCAGGACCGAGGUCUCCAUGGAAACAACCUUGAAUUGUCGAGCCAAGGACUACAGCUUUAUAACGGAUGAAAAUACCCAUGAAGUGGUCCUGAGGAAGAGUCUGUCGGGCCUCGGCUUCAGCUUUUACAUCUCACAGCUGAGCUCGGGUGCAGACCGCGGCAGCGUGGUUCGGAUCAAACGUCUGUUUCCAGGUCAGCCUGCUCAGGAAAGUGGGCUGCUGAGAGAGGGAGACGUGAUUCUAUCCGUCAACAAGGAGCGUGUCAAAGAUCUCUCCUACCAGAGGGUUUUAUUCCUGCUACGCGGGGCCCCGUCUGAAGUCCACCUGUUGAUCUGCCGACCCGGUCCUGGAUCGCUUUAUGAUAUAGAAGAUAACACACUGAGUCCUGCACCCACGCGCGAGCUUCGAUCUCGAUCCCUGGACAUCCGGCUUGGAGAGGACUACAGCCAGCUCCUUAAGUCUCCAAAUGACACCAACAUGCAUGCACAGAUGGUGCCACCCACCAAGGAAGAGUUUCUGACCAACAUCAUGGAGAAGAGUCCAGAACUUGCUGUUUCCCAAAUCCCAGAGAUCCAACGAGGUUCGGAUGGGGAAGAGCAGGCCAAUCAGACUCCACCCUCUUCUCCUCGCACAACCCCCACGCCAACAUCACCUACGUCUCCACCGUCGCCGGUCUCACCCGCAUCGCCAGCAUCGCCCGCCUCGCCUGCGCCUGCCUCUCCUCCUGCUACAACAGAGCCACAAGCAAACACCAAGGGACAAGAACAAGAGGAAGACGAAGUUCAAACCAGGAGAAAUGAUGCUGCAACUUUGAUGCUGGUGGACGCUUAUCCUAAAACUGCCUCUAAACCCGUAUACACCAGUGGAGUCAGGGAGGAGGCAGAUGGAAGUGUGACCUACUGCCUUGUGGGAAAUGGACUCACCAUUGUUGCUGAUGAGGAGUACUUGACCAUCAGCUCCACCUUAGAACCUCCUCACAGCCCUCCCGCCAGCAACACGCCAACCGCUAACAUCGAAACUCUCGACUCUCAAAACUCCAACAGCUUUCAGGCUCCAAACCUCAGUCCUCACGUUCCCACCACCAUCCUCUCACCCCUCAACUUCCCAUCUGACACCCCGACCACUUUUCCCCUGACCCACCCGCCUCAGCCUCUCACGACGCAGCCACUGAAAACCAAGCAUUACCUGAUCCAGCAGGGGCUUCUGCCAAGCCACUACAAAGCCAUGUCCAAGAACGUCCGGCCCACGGUGCCUCCCCCUCAGCCUCCACCGCUGACCCCUAUCACAGCCCAGGUUAUCUCCUCAGUGCCUCCCUGUGCUGGUGCACCCGCCCCGACGCUACCAUCCACAGUGCUGCCCCCACCCGUCCAGAUCCAGCUGAGAGAAGAACUGGAGAGGAAAAGGAGGGAAUAUGAUGACGAUGGUGAUGACGAUUUGGAUGAGGAGGAAAAAGAGAGUCGGAGAAAGGGACUUGUCAAAGAGUUUGAGCUCACGGUGGUUCUGACUAAGUCCAGGAGUGGAAGCUUCGGGUUCACCAUCGCUCGAAGCAAACUGGACAAUUGCUACUACAUACAGGACAUCCUGGACAACCCGGCCAGGGCGGACGGACGACUCCGAGCCGGAGACAGGCUCAUCACGGUUAACGGCCACAAUGUUACUAGUGUGGCAGAUGACGUCGCCAUGACGAUUCUCAGGUCAUCUCCCAGAAGAUUGAACAUGACUCUCGGCAGAGCAGUUAGUAACCUGGUGGCUCCGCCUCCCUGUGACAGCCUGCCUGACAUCAUUCUCCAUAAGACGCCUUCAGGACAGCUGGGAAUUAAGCUCACAGGUGGCAUUGGCAGCAAAUGGCAGGGCAUCUACUGUUUGGAGGUGGUGCCAGGCUCCCCAGCCAGCGAGGAGGGCAGCGUCCAACCCAACGACAAGAUCCUGUACAUCAGCGGCAGGUGCACUCUGGGAAUGACCCUAGAGGACGCGGUCAAGGCGUGUGAGAUCGCCCCUCGAAAGGUUAAGCUAAAAAUCAUCAGAGAAGAUCAGCCAGUUACUCCAAAGGCUAAGUGGAACGGCCUGUUCGACUGGAAAAAAGACAAGAAGUUCUUUGCUCGUUUUGAAGAGUCCGUUUCCACCGAGAGAGAGUUUCCUGCUGAAAAUACUGAAGCCGCAACAGCAGGGAGGUUCAGAUGUCUCUCUCUCGCCCAGGAACAGGACAGUUGCAUCAUGCAAGUGGAAUUUAAAAAACCAGAAGGCGGAGGCCUCGGCUUCGCUCUGGUUGGUGGAACUAAUGGGAGCAUGCUCAGGGUGAGGGAUAUCUGCUCAGGUGGGGUGGCUGAGCAGGACGGCCGGCUGAAAGUGGGGGAUAUUCUUCUAGAGGUGAACGGCGUGAUCGUGUCCGGGUUGAGCCACAGUAAGGUGGUGGAAAUCCUGCGUAAAGCUGAGGGAACAGUCCAGCUCACCAUCUGCCGGGACAUUCUGCCCCUGACCUACUCCGAGUCACCCACGCCUCCAAACAUGUCCAUUUACACAGAAGCCAUUUUAGCGGACCAGCCUGCUCACGUGCCCGGCCCAGAUGCCUGCUGCACACCUGACGUCACGCUGAACAAGCCGGUUGAGCAUCCUCCAGAGGCAUCUUCAGAUCCAGUUGUUAACAAAGCAGAAGUUAUUCUUACCUCGCCGCCUCCUCCACCUCACCGAGUGAUUGUUGUAAGAGAUGAGACGUCAGCUGAAGAGGAGAGUUGUAAUAACACUCCCUCUCAUCAAGCUUGCUGCCCAUCCCUCAAUGUCACUGACAUGUUGCAUGGAGCCUCUGACAGGAAACAAAUUGUUACCAAACUCUUGGACCAGUCGUGCAAAGAUAUCCGGAAAACCCAGUCAGACGGUUGGAGCAGCGACGAGGAUGAUGACGUAUUUGAUGCAAAAACUCAGGAAGUAUCUUCUCCUCAAAUGGGCCCGCCGUUAGUAUCAGAGGAGGAACUGAUGAGCCUGGCCCUCAUAACCCCUACAAGGUCCAGCCAGUAUUCAGGCUACAGGGUCAAAGCUCUCAUACAGAUUCUGCAGCAUCAACUGGACCAGGAGGAACUGAUCAAAGAGUUCAUGGCUUUGGAGCAUCUGAAGCCAUCUGACGACUGUUUGGUGGGGAAAGCUCCUGAGAACCGGGACAAGAACCGCUACAGAGACAUCCUCCCCUAUGAUAAAACGCGGGUAGCCAUUGGAGAGAACCAGGAGUACAUAAACGCAAGCUACAUCCGCAUGCAAGUCGGAGAGGAGGAGCUUUUCUAUAUCUCCUGCCAAGGACCUCUACCCUCUACGGUUCAGGCCUUCUGGCAGAUGAUCUGGGAGACUAAAUCUGACAUUGUUUCCAUGAUGACCCAAGAAGUAGAAAAAGGAAGAAUCAAGUGUCACAAGUAUUGGCCAGAGAAGCAGGGUGCGCCCUUGAGCACUGGCAGGUACCAGCUCCAUUUGGAGAACCAGCAGUUCCUGGAAUACUUCCAGAUAAAGGUGAUCCGCAUGGUGGAAACAGAGACUGGUGAGACCCACUUUGUUCAUCAUCUGAAGUUCACACUCUGGCCCGAUCACGGCGUGCCGCAAUGCUCUGAGCAACUGGUUCGAUUCAUCCGCUACAUGAGGGCGGUGCACCACAAGGGGCCGAUCACCGUCCACUGCAGUGCUGGCAUCGGACGGACAGGAGUUCUCAUCUGCACCGACGUUAUCCUCAAACUCAUUGAGAAUGACCUGCCUAUUAAUGUGAGCGACGUUGUGAAAGAGAUGAGACUUCAGCGGCAUGGGAUGAUUCAAACCAAGGAACAGUACCUCUUCUGCUACAAAGUCUGGUUGGAGGUUCUGCAGGGAAUUUUACAGCUCCAAGGCAGUCAGUGGAAACCAGAGAGUCCCAGAGACCACAAAGUAGUUUGAAUGUUUCAGCGUCAAUGCAAAGCCCAGGCAGCACACGUUCAACCAUGCGCAGUCUUUCUCCGCAGAGCAGUUCACUAACGACACCUUUUACCUAUGAUGGACGUUCCCUUAAUAGCUCUAAAGUCUGUUUUUGUCUAUUUUGCUACACUGACAGCUUUAUUUUUUAUUCUGUUUUGUCUGUGGUUUUCUUCUCGGUGCUUCGGUGACGGCAUAGAUCACCGAGGUUGUUUUGCCUUUCGGGUUUUAGUCGUUUGCCUUCUGUUUCAUGUAUUUGGGUUCAUUUAACCUGAUUUCAGUCUGCAGAUUACAUUUAUUUGUUGCACAACAUGGAAUUCAGAAUCUGGUUACCAUCAGACCUGUUUAGUGUCAUCUUAGUGUACAAUUAACACCAAAGCUGGACAUUAAUGAGUAGCUUUUGAUUAAGCAAUAUGUUAAUGUUUUAUUUAAGUGCAUUUGUACCCCGGAGAAGGGGGCAUUACCUAAAAGACAUCAGUUGGUUUUAAGUUCAUCAUCUAGGGAAAUGAAAAGACUCAAGUGCCUUGGAAAGACACACCCCACCUGCUGUACAAUGAAGACGGCAGGGGACAAAAAGCUAGAAACUGAUUUAACAGAAUGAAUGUAAACCAUCCAAACCCAGAUAGAUAAUUUGGUUAUUUGUUCAUUUAUAAAAAAAAUGAGACAUUCUCCCACUACUUUUCUUUUUUGAUUUGAUUUGGUUUUAUUUUGUACACAGCGCUAUCGUGAUGAAAGGGUUAAAGACCUGAACCCAACUCUGAUACAGAUAAAGAAUGAUUCCUCAUGACAAAUGUCCAAAUCAACCAAUACAUUUUCAAUUCACUUUUACUAAAAAUGUGGGCACGAGAACGCUGAGUAAACCGAUUUUUUUAUUCAAAUGUACAAAACCAAUUUAAGUCUCAUUAAAACGAUCAGUUGUUGGACUUUUGAAAACGAUUUACUAAACAAUAACAUCCGUUGUCUGUACUCAACAGCUAUUUUAAUACAAACUCAGACAAAAAUGCAAAAAAUAUUCUAAAGUUUACAGAUGCUGUACAAAGCGAGAGAACUCCGCCUCCAGGUCACAGAUCAAAGGGGAUUCACGGCUUUGCGUUUGAAACCUCAACUUUGGAUGUCACUGGUUAUAAGCUUUGUUCAUUCAGCUGCUAACACACACACACACACACACACUCACACACCAGCUCCUUAUUGCAUGCAGACUCAAAAAGUCCAGACGUCCAAGCUUGCAGUUUGAUCGAAUUACUUGAACUUGAUGAAAAUAUGGAAUGUAACAAAAGCAACUCUUUCCAAAAGGAGGAGGGUCCGAAUGUCAAUUUCUUACCUGAGAACAUUUUUGUCCAAUGUGUUUGGAGCAUGCUGGGAAGAUAUAUGCUGUACUGUACCUUUGCCAUGUACUGCAGGUGGCUUCGCAGAGCCGUCAGCCUCUGUAUUGUGUAUGUAAUGUCUCUCCGGUCACUGCUUAUCGCCUGGUUUCCAGCGAUGGCUAACCCUCGGUUGUGUGCAAAGUCUCUUCCAAACCUUGUUGAUAGUCUUUUCAGCCUCACAUCUUGGCAAGAAAAGGCAAAAGCACAUUUUGCAUUCAUAUGUGAAAACGCAUCUUGUACAGUCAAGCAAGUGCUUAUGCAAAAAUAAAAAAGCAUUGUGAAAUGUAAUAAUAACCCUUAAUUGCACAACUGCUUAUUUAUGCUAAUUUAAAAAAUCUUGUCACUGUUACCAGCCAUUAUGUAACCAAUAACCGAGAGCAAUGUAAUACCUCUCUCUUUCAUUAAACUCUAUUCUGAAA